AUGCCUGAGCAGGAAGCCCCCUACGACCCCUAUAUCCCCAGUGGCCAGGCUGGAGCCCAGCAGCAGCAGGGUGCUGGCGGCAAUGCUAGGACGCAGGCACUGCAAGCUGUAAGUUGUUUUCCUAAUGAUUUAAUUGAUGCGCUGCAAAUCGACGACACCGUGGGUGUGAUGCGUGACAAUAUCAACAAGGUAUCUCAACGUGGUGAGCGACUCGACGCUCUUCAGGAUAAGACCGACAACUUGGCUGUUUCAGCACAAGGUUUCCGCCGAGGAGCCAACAGGGUCCGAAAGCAGAUGUGGUGGAAGGACAUGAAGAUGCGCAUGUGCCUGAUUAUUGGUAUCAUUAUUCUGCUGGUCAUUAUCAUUGUCCCCUCUGUUGUGGCUACCCGCUAA